AUGGACUUUCCUCCGCCUGCUCAUCCCGGACUUGCCGAGGAUCAGCUACUAGUAUUGCAGGGCAACCAUAGGUCCUCCAUUGUAUGGGAGGGACAGCUAUCGAUGCAUCCUCUCUGCCCUAGGAGACUUGACGAUUUGUUGGAGUUCAUCGGGGAGCAUCCUUUCCAUGCCCGCGUAGUCGCGCGCCUACAGGUUUUGUACGGGCUGCGCGUUGAUGGACUGGCCGUAGCACUGCCCCAGUACAUUAGAUCCAUGACGUGUGCACAGUUUUUGGAUAUGAUGGGGCAUUUUACUGGUUAUAGACCUCAGGGUGACACUGGGGGCAGUCGCGUUGCUUUGUCAGCCAUCAGAGAUCAUAUGGCGCUUUUGCACCCAGACAUUACCGUCAAGACGGAGGAUCUCCAUAUUGAGAGGUACACGCGGUUGGCGUUGCUCCUGCUUUUCGGGUGUGUUUUGUUCCCGAACACUUCGGGGAGUAAAGUGAGUUUGCGCUUUCUCCAUCAUCUUCAACAGCUGGAUGGUUUAUCCCAGUACAGUUGGGGUGUUGUUGUUCUCGCAUACCUGUAUAGAAACAUGUGUCAGGCGAGCAUGGGCCCAGCGGUGGACAUAUGUGGUUUUCUGCCCCUCCUACACCGGAUCAUGCCGUUGCAGCCACCUCUACCACCACUUGCGCCUGGUGAGGCUUAUCCGUUUCUCCCUCUAGCUUCUAGGUGGAUUCUCCGGCGUGGGAACUACCGAGGGACUGAUGUUCAUCAUAAUCUCCCCCUUAUCAGAGAUGUGCUAGAUAUGCUAGUGGACGGAUAG